CAUCAUUCUCUCGCUUUUUCUCAAGACUAAUAAUACACCAUCCAUAUCCUUGAUCAGUUCACCUUACUUACCUUAUCAACACAUGUGAUCAUAUUUCUUUCACUAGCAUCUUCUCCUUUCAUCACAUCCAGUUUAUUCCUUACGGUUUGGAAAAUCACAACAUGCUCAUGCAAUUCGAAGUACAGAGAUGUAAAGUAUUCACCAUCGAAAGUAGUGUCUAAUCUUCGUCAAAAAUCGUGUUCACACAUAAUAUGUAGUCAUACCUAGUACCACGAAUUCAAGUUGAAAGAAUGGAGUUUGCGUCAACAAUAGUGGAAAGAGUGACUAAUUUUGUGUUGGACUUGAGUGUUCGACAUGUGGCUUACAUCAUCCGUUACGGGCGAAACAUUGAUGACCUAAAUGGUAGUGUUAAGGAUCUUGGACUCCAAAAGGAGAGGGUAGAUCACCAACGUGAUGAAGCUGAGAAAAAUCUGAAACAAAUUGAAGGUACGGUUAAGGAUUGGUUUCAAAAAGUGGAUGAGUUUGAGACUAGAAUGGAGGGGUUUGGAAACGAUGAAGGCCACAGAAAGACAGGGUUGUCCUUGUCCAAUGGUUUAUUCCUUUACUUGAGGAACAGGCAUAGACUAAGCAGACAAGCAAAGAAAAUGACAGAGGAUGUUAGAAAGCUAUUAGAUGAGUCAUCCAAAUUUAAUGAAGUUUCCUAUCAGCAGAACGUAACAUCUAAUGAUGCCACUAUGUCUAAUGUUGGCUAUGUAGAAUUUUGUUGUAGAAAAUCUAUAAUAGAAGACAUAAUGGUACAACUUGAAGAUUCCACUGUCAGAAUGAUUGGGCUGCAUGGGCCAGGUGGUGUGGGUAAGAGCACUUUAAUCAAAGCAAUUGCUAACAAAGCUCGAGACAGGAAGUUGUUUAAUGUUGUGGUUAUAGUAGAAAUAACAAUCAAACCCAAUCCACAAAAAAUUCAGGAAGAAAUUGCUUAUGUGUUAGGAUUGAGGUUAGAAGGGGAAGGUGAAACUGUGAGAGCUGAUUGUCUAAGGAGGAGGUUAAGGAAAGAGAAGGAGAACACCCUUUUAAUCUUGGAUGACCUUUGGGACAGAUUAGACUUGAACAAGUUAGGUAUUCCACUUGAUGAUGAUGAUGAUUUAAGCAAGAUGAGUAAGUUAAUAAAGAUGACAAGUAAUGAUAAACAAGAUCUUCCCAGCAAGAUGUCAAGCAAUGAUAAACAGGAUUUUCUAAGCAAUGAUAACCAAGAUUUUCUAAGCAAGAUGACAAGCAAUGAUAAACAAGAUCUUAGUCGCAAAAAGGUGAAAAAAGAAAAAUCUCUUGGUGAUUAUAAGGGGUGCAAAAUUUUGUUAACUUCAAGGAAGAAAGAAGUGUUGUGUGAUCAUAUAAAGGAUGAUGAGUCAAUUUUCUGUGUACAGGCAUUAGAUGACAAAGAUGCUCUAGCGUUGUUUCAGAAGGAGGCUGGAAUACCUAUUGAAAUGUCCAACCCUAAACAAGAAAUUGUCAAGACAUACUGUGCAGGGAUACCGAUGGCAAUAGUUACAGUGGGAAGGGCAUUGAGAAACAAGAGUGAGUUAGUAUGGGAAGCUACACUAGAAAAACUUAAAAAGCAAGAAUUGGUGGGAGUGCAUAAAUCUAUGGAGAUUUCUGUAAAGAUGAGUUAUGACCAUCUAGAAAAUGAGGAGCUUAAGUCCAUUUUCUUACUUUGUGCUCAAAUGGGUCAUAAACCCUUAAUUAUGGACUUAGUGAAGUAUUGCUUUGGUUUGGGUAUACUUGAAGGGGUCUACUCACUUAGGGAUGCUCGGGAACGAAUAUGUACAUCAAUCCAAAUGCUAAAAGACUCGAGUUUGAUGUUCGAUGGAAGUUCUAGUAAUCAUUUCAAUAUGCAUGAUAUGGUUCGAGAUGCUGCUUUAUCUAUAGCAUACAAGGAGCAAAAUGUAUUUACCUUGAGAAAUGGCAAACUUGACGAUUGGCUUGAACUCGAGAGGUGCACUUCAAUUUCUAUAUGCAAUAGUGAUAUCAUUGAUGAGCUUCCUAGUGGUAUAAAUUGUUCCCAACUCAAAUUUUUCCAAAUUGAUACUGACGAUCCAUCUUUAAAAAUACCCAACUCAUUUUUUGAAAGAAAGAAGAAACUCAGAGUGUUAAUAUUGACUGGUUUUCAUCUAUCAACUUUACCAUCUUCAAUUAAAGGCCUAUCAAAUCUCAGAAUGCUUUGCUUGGAGCAAUGCACUUUAGAUGGCAACUUAUCCAUCAUAGGAAAGUUGAAAAAAUUAAGAAUUCUAAGCUUUUCUGGAUCUCAAAUUGAAAAUUUGCCAAUCGAUUUAGGGUGCUUAGAUAAGCUACAAUUACUGGAUAUCAGCAAUUGUUCCAUAGUGGAGAUGAUUCCUCGUAAUUUAAUAUCAAGGUUAACUUGUUUGGAAGAGUUGUAUAUAAGAAAGAGUUUGAUCAAAACGUUGGUGAAAGAGACAAACCAAAGUCAAAUUUCAUUUCUUUCUGAGCUAAAGCAUUUGCAUCAAUUGAAAGUGGUGGACUUAUGCAUCCCAUGUGCUACAGUUCUGCCCAAGGAUUUGUUCUUUGACAAGUUAAAUGAUUACAAGAUUGUGAUCGGAGAGUUCAAGGUCCUUUUAGUUGGAGAUUUUAGGAUGCCCAACAAGUAUGAAGAAUUCAGAUCUUUGGCAUUGCAACUGAAGGAUGGUACUGAUAAUAUUCACUCCCAAAAAGGGAUAAAAUUGUUGUUCAGAAAAGUUGAAAAUUUGUUGUUGGGAGAGCUAAAUGGUGUUCAAAAUGGUGUUGAUAAUGUUAUUUAUGAGUUAAAUUUGGAUGGGUUUCCAGAUCUAAAACACUUAUCUAUCACAAAUAACACUCGCAUCAAAUACAUCAACUCAAUGGAUUUGUCUCAUCCUCGGGAGGUUUUUCCCAAUUUGAAAUCUUUGUGCCUUUACAAACUAAAAAACAUAGAGAUGAUAUGUUGCAGUCCAGUCACAGGUGCCUCAUUCACCAAAUUAAGAACGAUCAAGGUUGAGAAGUGUGACCAAUUGAAAAAUCUCUUCUCCUCUUCCAUGGUGAAAUUUCUUGUUAGUCUAGAAACAAUUGAUGUUUCUACAUGUGACUGUUUAAAGGAGAUUGUUGAAAUACUAGUAAUAUCUGAAAAGGUUGAGUUUCUUAAGUUGCAGUCUUUGACGCUACAGUCUUUACCAUUAUUUGCUAGUUUUUAUAUAGAGGGGCUUUCUGUACCUCAAACCACAGAAGCACAAAUAACGAACAAUGAUCACAUUGAAAUUACUAUUGCAGAAGACACAAAUCCUCCUCUAUUUGGUGAACAGGUUGAAAUUCCAAACUUAGAGAGCUUGAAUUUAUCCUCAAUCCACAUCCAUAAGAUAUGGAGCAAGGAACCCUUAUCAAGAUUUUGUUUUCAGAACUUGAUAAAACUAGUUGUUAAUGAUUGUGAUAACUUGAGAUAUUUAUGUUCAUUAUCUGUGGCUAACAAUUUGAAGAAUUUGAAAGGCCUCUUCAUAAGCGAGUGUCCAUUGAUGGAGAAGAUUUUUGAGAUUGAAGGAAAUACUAUAGAAAAGGUAUGCAUUUUUCCUAAGUUGGAGGAAAUUCACAUCAGCGAAAUGAAAAUGUUAACAAACAUAUGGCAAAUUGAAGUGAGUGUUGAUUCUUUUUCUAGUCUCGUUUCUGUGCAUAUUGAAGACUGUGAAAAACUAGACAAGAUUUUUCCGAGUCACAUGGAAGGAUGGUUUGAAAGUUUGGACAACUUGAAGGUUGUUGAUUGCAAGUCAGUGGAAGUGAUUUUUGAAAUCAAUGAUUCUUAUCAAGUAGAUGAAUCUGGUGGAAUAGACACAAAUUUGCAACUUAUUCUUAUAAACGACCUCCCAAACUUGAAGCAUGUAUGGAGUAGAGAUCCAAGAGGAAUUCUUAAUUUCAAAAAAUUGCGAAGUAUAGAGGUUUCUUAUUGUAAUAAAUUGAGGAAUGUCCUUCCAGCUUCAGUGGCCAAAGAUGUUCGAAAGCUUGAAUCCAUAUCAGUACAGAGUUGUAUGGGAAUGAUGGAAAUUGUUGCCUACAAAGAUGGAUUAGAAGCAAACAAUGAACCAUUAGAGUUUCCUGAACUUCUCUACGUGGAAUUAUGUUGGCUAUCAAACAUUAGGCAUUUCUGUAAGGGGAGAUAUACUAUAGUGUGUCCAAAGUUGAAGAAGUUGGCAGUGAACAAUUGUGGAAAGCUCAAAACAUUCCCAACAGAAACCAGGGAAACCAUAAGUGAAGAAGAAAAUCCAUUUUUUUCCGCCGAAGAGGUAAUCCCGAACUUGGAAUGUAUUCAAAUUGAUUUUGACGAAGCACAAAAGUGGUUGUUGAGCAAUAUUGUGAAGUACCACAUGCAACAUUUAAAAGAGCUUAGCUUGAGAUCAGUUAAAAGUGGUGAACUUCUAUGCCGGUUUCUACACAGAAUGCCAAAUCUAGAGAAGUUACAAUUGUUUAACUCUGAACAUUAUUUGCUUAAAGAUUCCUCAGUGCCAUGUUUGGGAAUUGUAUUACAGCUAAAGGAAUUAGUUUUGUCAGAUUCAAAGAUAAAGGAUCUGGGAUUUGAGCGAGACCCGGUACUGCAAAGACUAGAGGUUUUGAGCUUAAAAUGGUGCCAAAAACUCAUUAUUUUAGCUCCUCCCUCAGUAUCAUUGACUUGCAUGACAUAUUUGGAAAUAGAAUAUUGUAGAGGAUUACAAAAUUUAAUGGCAUAUUCUACAGCCAAAAGCUUGGUUCAACUUAAGACCAUGAAGGUGAGCGGCUGUAAUGUAAAGGAAAUUGUAACCAAUGAGGGAAAUGAAGACAAGAUCGAAAUUGUGUUUAGCAAAUUGGUUACUAUAGAACUUGCAUGGUUACCAUACCUCACAAGCUUUUGCGGUUUCAAGAAAUGUGAAUUCAAAUUCCCGUCAUUAGAAAUAUUAAUUGUGAGAGGUUGUAACAUGAUGGAAACAUUCACUAUGGGCCACACAAAAGCACCAAAGUUACAAAAUAUAUUUGCCUAUGAAGGAGAGGUGGAAGCCAAAUGGCAAUGGGAAGGUGACUUGAAUACUACCAUACAAAAGGAUUUCCAAGAUAAGCUUUUGAAGUCUGCACAAAGUGGAUCCUAUCUUCAUCUGAGAGAUAGCUCGCUACAAAAGAUAUGGCUUGGCUCACGACCGAUUCCAAACUUGUGCUUCAGUAACUUAGACUACUUGGUUGUGAACGGGUGUCAAUUUUUGUCAGAAGCAAUACUACCCUUCAAUUUACUUCCUUUCUUCACUAAAUUGCAAACAUUGACAGUUCAAAAUUGUAGUUAUGUAAAAACCAUAUUUGAUGUGAAAUGUAUAGCACAAGACAAAAAAAUCACAACUACAAGACCAACCCCUUCACCCCUCAUUUUCCCCCUCAAGAGAAUGACUUUAUCAGAUUUGCCAAAUCUGGAAAAUGUUUGGAAUGAAGAUCCUCGUAGAAUUCUAAGGAUGGAACUUCUAGAAGACGUAAAUGUUGAGAAAUGUGAAAGCCUUACAAGUGUUUUUCCCGUUUCAGUAACCAAAGAUCUUGGGAAACUUGAAAAACUAGUUGUGAAAAACUGCGAGGGAUUGAUGGCGAUUGUUGCAGAGAAUAAUGCAGAUCCGAGAGGAACAUUCCCAUUUGUGAAAUCAUUGACGCUAUGGGAUUUGCCAAAGUUCAAGUAUGGUGGUAUAUGUUGCAUACACGAUGCAAAAAUAACAUUUGAGCUUACACCCAACUUACAGGAUCUGACAAUCGGGGAAAAUGAACUGAAGAUGAUUUGGCGUGGAGAAUUUCAUGGAAACCACAUAUACAAUUUAAAAUGUCUUACAUUAUGCUUUCCUAUUAAGUCCAAUGUAUUUCCAAAUGGAUUUCUACAACAGGUUCCCAACAUAGAGGAGCUUGGGGUUCGUAAUGGUUCCUUCAAGGAGAUUUUCUGCAUUCAUAGUCCUAACAAUGUGGAUGAUAUUGGACACUCUUCAAAGCUGAAAGUAUUACGUUUGUGGUCUCUUCGUAAUCUUGUUUCCAUUUGGUCACAGAACUCUUGGAUUGAGCCCUUUCUUGGAAAUCUAGAAACAUUGGAAGUACGCAGCUGUUUUAGUCUAUUAAACUUGGUACCAUGCACAAUGUCUUUCUCCAAUCUGACUAUUUUGAAAGUUUUCAAUUGCAAGGGCUUGUUAUAUUUGUUUACUUCCUCAACGGCCAAAAGUUUGACUCAACUCAAAAGAAUGGAGAUACAAUAUUGUGAAUCAAUUCAAGAUAUAGUGUCUAUGGAAGGGGAUAAAUCACAUGAGGAUCAAAUAAUAUUUCAGCAGCUUAAUUGUUUAAAGCUUGAACGUUUACCAGCCCUCACAAGCUUUUACGGAGGGAGUUUAAGUUUCCCAUCCUUGGAGGAAUUGUCAGUAAUCUAUUGUGACAAAAUGGAAACUUUAUGUUCGGGUGUUGUAAAAGCAGACAAGUUGUUACAAGUUAAACUUAAUUACUCAGAUGCUAUCCCAUUGGAAAAUGAUCUCAACUUUACCCUACAGGAGGCAUUUUUGAAAAAGAUUCCAGAGGUUGCACAAAGUGUGUCAAAUCUUACACUCAAAGAUAGCCCACUACAAAAGAUAUGGCAACGCUCACUACCAAUACCAGACUUGUGCUUCAUUAACUUGGGUUCCUUAAUUGUAGAUGGUUGUCAAUUUUUAUCAGAUGUUCUACCAUUUGAUUUACUUCCUUUCUUAAUAAACUUGGAAAUAUUGGAAGUUCGAAAUUGUGAUUCUGUGAAAACCAUAUUUGAUGUGAAAUGUACAACACAUGAUAGAAAAAUGACAAUUACGGGACCAACCCACUUCUUGCUCAUUCUUCCUCUUAAGAAAUUGACUUUAUCAGAGCUACCAAAUUUGGAGAAUGUUUGGAAUGAAGAUCCUCAUGGAACUCUAAAGAUGCAACAUCUACAACAAGUAUACAUUGAUAACUGUAAAUGCCUUACGAGUGUGUUUCCGGCAUCCGUAGCCAAAGAUCUUGGGAAACUUGAAGAUCUAGUUAUGCAACAUUGUGAUGAUUUGAUAAAAAUUGUUACAGAGGAUAUUCCAUAUUCAAGAGGAACAAAUUUAGAGCCUACUUUCUAUUGUAUGACAUCCUUGACAUUAUGUGAUUUGCCCAAGUUCGAGUAUCUAGACUGCAUUAACAAGCUUACACCCAACUUACAACACUUGACACUCGAUGAAAAAGAAAUGAAGAUGAUUUGGCAUAGAGAAUUUCAUGGAAAUAACUUAUUCAACUUAAAAGUUCUUACCAUGUCUUUUCAUAUUGGGUCCAUUGUAUUUCCAUGUGGAUUUCUACAACAUGUUCCUAAUAUGGAAAAUCUUGUGGUGUGUUUUGGUUCUUUCAAGGAGAUUUUUUGCCUUCAAAGUCCUAAUGUGGAUGAUGCUGGACUCUUGUCUCAGUUGAAAGUAUUAAUCUUGGAGUCCCUUCCAGAACUCAUUUCCAUAGGAUUAGAGAACACUUGGGUUGUACCCGUUCUUGGAAAUCUAGAAUCCUUGGAUGUAAGUAGUUGUUCUUGUUUGACAAACUUGGCACCAUCACCUAUAUGUUUUUCCAAUCUGAUGUCUUUGUUUGUAUUUGAGUGUCAUGGAUUGGAAAACUUGUUCACAUCCUCAACAGCCAAAAGUUUGGCUCGACUCAAAAUAAUGGAGAUAAAAAGUUGUGAAUCAAUUAAAGAGGUGGUGUCUAAAGAAGAAGAUGAAUCACAUGAAGAUGAGAUAAUAUUUUGGCAGCUCCUUUAUUUGAAUAUUGAAUCUUUACCAAACCUCAUAAACUUCUACAAAGGGAGCUUGAGUUUCCCAUCCUUGGUUCUAUUGUCCAUAUUUGAAUGCCACAAUAUGAAAACUUUAUGCUUGGGAACCAUAAAUGCAGACAAGUUGCUUGGAGUUAAAUUUGAAAAGAACGCAGAUGUUGUCUCAUUGGAAAUUGAUCUCAACUAUACCACUCGGAAGGCAUUUUUGGCAAUGGCUGAGUCCAAGUGUUCUACUCCAACAUUGCAGUGAGAGGAGAUUGACGACAGAGUUGGUGAUGUUAAACAAAGUGGCUUACUUUUACUAUGUUUGUUUGUGUUAAAAAGAACAAAAAUAAUUAAGUGUGUCGGUCUACCCAGUUGAUGAUGAAAUACAUUGUUCUAUUCUAUAUAUUAUGCAAAGAGUGUAAUUAUAAUGAUAAAUGGUCAUGAAAAACAAAGAUAAUGAAGUGUGUGUUUGUUUUGUAAUUGGCAAACUUUCUUAUGCACAUUCAAAUCGUCUUGUGUCUUUGAAUUUAAUUGGCAUACACAUGAUGCAGUGAUAAAUUGUACCAUUAAGUAUUGACUGGAUUGUUUGUGUGUUGUAAGUUAUAUGACUUAUUUCUGUUCUAUCCUUUUA